AUGUCAAAUCAACAUCAAUUAUCAUCCUUGGACGAACAAUGUGAAGAUUUCUUCCAAUCAACUCACUCUAGACACUUAUCAGGACGAUACAUUGUCAGAAUUCCACUCAUCUGUUCACCUGCAGCUCUUGGAGACUCCUAUACAACUGCGUAUCGAUGCUUGAAACGUCAGUUGAGGAGAUUAACCAGCGAGACUGAAUACAGCAAUCUCUAUAGACAAUUCAUGAAGGAAUACGAAGAACUUGGUCAUAUGAGACCUGCUCCAACGAUCAAUCAAGAAUCUCAAGACAUUCAUCCAUACUUUCUUCCUCAUCAUGGGGUUUUAAGACCAAGCAGCACUACCACCAAGCUUAGAGUCGUCUUCAAUGGAUCCAGCCCGAGCUCAACUAGAAUCUCAUUGAAUGACAUCACUCAUACUGGAGCAAAAAUUCAAUUAGACAUUUUUGACGUACUUCUUUGGGUUCGUCAACAUCAAUACGUAUUCGCAACUGACAUAACAAAAAUGUAUCGUCGAAUAAUGUUUCAUCAUGAAGAUUGGAAGCUUUAA